GGUGUGAAAAUUGUACAUUUUCGAAUUGUGUUACAUGCGAUGAACAUGAUAAAAGUGAAUUGAAUAGUAAUGACUAACUACAGUGAAAGUUUAAUAGUGAGUUAAACAAGAUGUUUUUAAAGAUUUUUUUUGCUUUGAUGUUGUGCUGGAUACAUUCCAGCGCCGAGGAGGCGUCAUUACAAAACCGAGUGGUGGAGGUUCCGCAGAAGUGCGAGUGGCACCAUGUCGCAGAUAGCUUCGGUGAAGACACUCGAGUACAGCUUAAUUGUUCGCUACAUACAGCUGCUGGUGCUACCGAUUUGCUUGCGAAACUUAGUAUUUCUCAAGCACAACAGAUCACUUCACUUUACCUACAUUGCACGGACAUUAUCUUCUUGGAGAGUUCUUUAGAUAUUGGCAGAAGAAAAGAGGAAGGUACUGAAGUCUUAUCCCAUUUUCAUAAUUUAAAAGAAUUGUGGAUAGAGUCAUGUAAAAUCCGAUACGUACCCUCAGAUGUAUUAUCGCCGCUAAGCGGUCUACGUAGUAUUAGUAUUCGAACUCAUAAUACUGAUUGGUCUGCGAUAUUUAUGGAAUUUCAUAGAGAUGCAUUCCGAGGACUUACAGACUUGAGAAUUUUGGACAUGGCCGAUAAUAAUAUUUUCACACUGCCUUCCGAAAUAUUUUGUCCUUUGGUUAAUUUAAAGGAUCUAAGCGUUACUCACAACCGAUUACAAGAAAUUUCAACUUUAGGAUUUUCUGAUUGGGGAGGUGGACCAACUGCACCCGGAAAAUCUUGCAAUACUGUAUUAGAAACAUUAGAUAUGUCACACAAUGAAAUUAGUUCACUGCCUGAUAACGGUUUGUCAAGUUUACGAGCAUUGCAAAAAUUACUUUUACAAAAUAACAGAAUAUUGACUAUUGCUAAUCGAGCAUUUGUUGGAUUGAACAAUUUACAAAUUCUCAACUUAUCUACAAAUGCUUUAACUACCCUUCCACCUGAAAUGUUUCAAUCUUCUAGAGAUAUUAAACAAAUACACUUGAAUAAAAACUGGUUGAGUGUUCUCGCACCAACACUUUUUGAGGGAUUAGAUCAACUACAUACAUUAGAUUUAUCUGUAAAUCAGUUAACUAGCGAAUGGAUUAAUGCAGACACAUUUUCUGGUCUUGUACGACUGAUAGUACUGAAUUUAUCUCACAACAGUAUAACAAAAAUUGAUGCAUUAUUAUUUCAUGAUUUGAAUAGUUUGCAAUAUUUAAAUUUAGAAUACAACUACAUAUCACACUUAGUAGAUGGCGUAUUUUCAAAUUUGAGAAACUUAUAUUUACUGUCAUUAGCACAUAACAAUAUUACUAAAGUAAAUAGUAGUGAUUUCGCAAAUUUAUAUGUACUAAAUCAGUUAUUACUUGACGGCAAUAGAAUAACUAAAAUAGAUUUACGCUCUUUUGAAAAUAUUACAAAACUUCAUGAUUUGGGACUUAGUGGAAACCAUUUAUCGGAGGUACCGGAAGCUAUAAAGACGUUAAGAUUCUUAAUAUAUCUAGACUUAAGUAUGAACAGAAUAACGAAAGUAUCAACUUCUAACUUUAAGAGUUUAGAUGAUUUAUACAGAUUACAACUUGCUGGAAAUAAAAUAGAAAACAUAUCUAACGAUACAUUUGUAACUUUGCCUUCAUUACAAAUAUUAAAUUUAGCAUCGAAUAAUAUAGAUCAAAUAGACGACGGUGCUUUUUUAUCAAAUAAACAAUUAAAAGAAAUUAGAUUGGACGGCAACAAGCUGAUAGAUUUAAAAGGGAUAUUUACAAAUCAGCAGUCACUUAUUUGGUUAAAUGUAUCCAAUAAUAAAUUGUUAUGUUUUGACUAUAGUUAUAUACCGACCAAUUUAGAAUGGUUAGAUAUGAAUGGAAAUAAUAUAGAAACAAUUGCAGAUGCUUAUAGCUUUAAAAAAUACUGUAAUAUAAAAAUGUUGAACGUAAGUUAUAACAAAAUUAAGAGUAUUGAUGAAUUUUCAUUUCCAAGCAGUAUAGAAACAGUGGUAUUGAAUAACAAUUAUAUUGAAAAAAUAAACCCCGGUACAUUUUUACAGAAAUAUAAUCUCAGUAAAGUUAUGCUAUAUUCAAAUAAAAUGAAAACUUUACAGACUGGUAGUUUUGCGAUAUCAACUGUUUCCAAGGAUAAAGAUUUACCAGAGUUCUAUGUCAGCGAAAACCCAUUUGUUUGCGACUGCACAAUGAAAUGGCUGCAAACAAUUAACCAAUUAAGUGAUCGACAGCUUCCUAGAGUAAUAGAUUUAGAAAGUGUAAGAUGUUCUUUAUUGCAUUCAGAAUCUGAUAUUUAUUUAUUUAAUUUCAAAUCUACUGAAUGUUUGUAUUCCUACGAUUCGUAUUGUUCCAGUGAUUGCGAAUGUUGUGACUUCAUUGUUUGUGAUUGUGAGAGAAUUUGUCCAGAUAAUUGCUCGUGUUAUCACGAUCUUACCUGGAACUCCAAUGUAGUUGAUUGUUCAAAUGCCAGUUACAAUUAUGUACCGGAACGAAUACCAAUGGAUGUAACGAAAAUAUACUUGGAUGGAAAUUAUCUAAAAGAAUUAGGAAAUGACAUUUUUAUUGGUAAAAGACGGUUACAAGUCUUGUAUUUAAAUAAUAGCAACAUCAAUACAAUAAAUAAUAGAACAUUUAACGGUAUCGAAUCGCUUAAAAUUCUUCAUUUAGAUAAUAACAUGUUGGAAGUACUUAGGAACACACAAUUUACGAAACUUCCGAAUUUAAUCGAGCUGUAUUUAAGGGAUAACAAAAUAAAACUAAUAGAAAAUAAUACUUUUAAUUAUUCGCCCUUGCUAGAAUACUUGGACCUAGACAACAAUAGAUACGUUGAUUACAUACCGUGGAGAAUAAUUACAGAUAACAAUAAUCGCACACGUGUCUCUGUAAAUGGGAUCAACUGGAUUUGUGAUUGUACAAACGUAGUUCAACUGAACCAAUGGCUAAUAAAAAAGUCAAAAGAUACCGAAACCUUAAUGUGCUUCUUUGACCACGGGCAACCGCUAAAUAAAACUAUUGCGACCGUAGCAAAGGAAUGUGACAAACAAUCUAGUACCGAAAUUCCAAACUGGGUCCUCCUAAUUUUAAUUAUCGCUAUUUUGCCUGUAUUUGUAUGUGUAAUUUUUGUAAUUAGAAAAUUAAUACUAAUUUAUAGAAAAAGAAAGCGUAAAGCAAAUAUGAGACAGCCUGAAAUCAGCGCAAAUGAAGAAUUUCAUUACAACAAAACUAAUGCUACUGCUGAAUACCAUUCGAUGAUCGAAAAUAGAAGUCUAUAAGAAAAAAGUCAAUAUGUGAAUGUGACCUCUUCGUGUUUGCUAUGUCAGCUGUCAUAACAUUUUUUCAUAUCUCUAAAGUUAAAGCAAAGCCUAUUUGAAAAAUAUUGUAUUAAUAAGGAAUUAUUUAUUAUAAGGUAAUCGUAGAGAUAAUAUUUUGUUUCUCACAAAUCCUACUUGUCACUAGCCAAAUUCAUGGACAUUGGUUUUAGCUCUUAUAAAUGCAUUUAUUUCAUAAAUUUUCGUAGUAUACGAGUAGUAAUUUUCAGACUGUUUUAACCACGCUGCCUUUUUCGUGAUGACGAUACAGCGCCUAGUGCUGACACAUUUAUUCUUUCAGGAUAUGAAUAUGUUUUAUUAAUAUCCUUUUAUAUACAUCUUUUACCAUCGACAUUUCCUUCCUAUUAGUCUUGUUGUCUGUCUAAUUAUGCUAUUUUUAUUCAGUUGUUUCACAUAUAUCUCCCAUUUCUAUACUGUUAAUCUUACUUUCAUACUUCUACGAUAUAUACACCGUAGUGCUUAUUUCC